UUUUUUAAACUCUGAAACAUAUAUAUAUUUAGAGAACAGAGAGACACACAUACAUUUUAGGAUAUUUUUACUAUAGUAAGUAUUGUAGUGAUAACCAAUAGAAGCCUUCUAAUCAUGCAAUAAUUUUAAAAAAACGCAUUUUCAUGUUCAAGGCUAAUUGUAAGUUGCCACCAUUGCACAUAGUCGCAGGCGACUUGUAUCCUUAUAGACGGCCUUAAGGCGAAUGACGGCUGGCGUCCAAUAUGGUGAUUGUUGAUUUCCUAAAAUCAUUUGUCGUAUGAGAAUUAAAUAAAAAUGAGUUUAUGUAUAUAAUAUAUAUUAAUCAUUUAAUCAUUUUAUAAAUAAGAAGUUGCUGUAUUUCUUAACUGUAAAAUGGACGCACGCUCAUAAGUAAUUAUUGGUUUACAUGCGUGUACCCAUCUUGUAUACAACAUGUCAGACGACGAGGAUUUAGUUUAUGUGAAGAAGCAAAAAACAGUCCACUAUGGAUCUUUGGAAGAAGCAGAACGUAUUCGGCUUGCUACAGCUGCAGCUGAGUCUUCUGAGGAAGAUAAAGAUAGUGCAAAUGCAAAUGAUAUGCCUACCAUUUCAGCUAUGGCUGGAAAUGUACAUAUUUCAAAUGAAUAUAUGGAAUUGGAGGAUGAAAUGUCCAAGGAUAGACAAGCUUUAUUGGAAGAAUUCGAGCGAAGGAAAAAGGCGAGACAAAUUAAUGUGUCGACUGAUGAUUCUGAAGUAAAAAAGAAUUUGAGACAAUUAGGAGAACCGAUCUGUCUCUUCGGAGAAGGUCCUGCAGACAGGCGAACCAGGUUGAGGGAAUUAUUAGCAAGUCUUGGUGAGGAUGCAAUAAAAAAGAAGCACGAGGAUGAAGAGAGACCUUCACAUCCCACAGAAAGGGAUACUGAAACAACCUGGUAUCACGAGGGGCCAGAAUCACUUCAAAUCGCACGGUCCUGGAUAGCAAAUUAUUCACUUCCAAGGGCUAAAGCACGGCUUGAUCGAGCAAGGCAAGAAUUAGAACUACCUGGUGCUACACGUACAGCACGCAGACAAGAACUUUUAAAGAAACUUCAAGCACUAAGCAUAUACUGUUCUCAAAUUGGAGAUACGAGGCCUGUUUCAUUCUGUCAGUUUAGUCCAAACUCAAAGGUACUUGCUACCGCUUCUUGGACUGGAUUGUGCAAGUUAUGGUCCGUACCUGAUUGUACUCUCUUGCGAACUCUUGAAGGUCACACUUGUAAUGUCAGUUGUAUCGUGUUUCAUCCAAAAGCUACAGUGAGCGAAGAGGUUUUUGGGGAAUCUGCAGGACAGACUUGUGUAUUGGCGAGUUGUGCAUCCGACGGUAAGUUAAGUCAACGCACUGUAUAUUUAAUAAAAAUCCAUGGAAACAUGUCAUCCUUCCUUUUACAUUAUUUCGUGACGUUUCUCUAUGCAGGCUCAGUAAAAUUAUGGGGUGGCGGAAACGGACAGAAACCAUUAGCUGAGGUGGAAGGUCACGAACCACACAGAGUUUCUCGAAUUGCAUUUCAUCCGUCAGGCCGGUUCCUUGGAACGUGUUGCUUCGAUGCAUCAUGGCGUCUUUGGGAUUUAGAGCAACAGGCUGAAGUUCUACAUCAAGAAGGACAUGCUCGAGCUGUACAUUGUAUCAGUUUUCAGUGCGAUGGCAGCGUAACUGCAACAGGAGGUCAUGAUUCGUUUGGAAGAGUCUGGGACCUGCGUACUGGUAGGUGUAUAAUGUUUAUGGAGGGACAUUUGAAAUCCAUAUUUGGCAUUGAUUUUUCACCGAAUGGUUUCCAUCUGGCAACCGCGAGUGAGGAUAACUCCUGCAAGAUUUGGGAUCUGCGGAAGCGGUCUUGCAUAUACACGAUACCAGCCCAUACAAAUCUACUGUCGGACGUUAAGUAUCAGAGGCUGGAGGGUCAGUAUCUAGUUACGGCGUCCUAUGAUAACACUGCCAAAAUCUGGUCAAAUAAAACGUGGCAACCUCUGAAGACCUUACCAGGCCACGACGGUAAAGUAAUGUCUGUUGACGUUUCACCGGAUCACAAAUUCAUUGCUAGCACUUCUGCCGACAGAACUUUCAAACUGUGGGCUCCCGAGAAUAUGUAAAGGAAUUCACACUCGCCUGAAAUUCAAUAAAGAUAUAGUCUUUUUAACACAAA